AUGUCCACCAUGUGCUCCACAGCACGGUGGGAUCAGGGACAGGGACUUGCGCGUAAGUUUAAAAUGACAGCGGAUGCGUGUUGCACCUACCGCUCCCUCCCCUCCUCCUCCUCCUCCUCCUCCUCCUCCUCCUCCUCCUCCGCCUCAUCUGGUCCCGGUGUCAUAGCGGAGUCAAGAAGACCGGAGACAGGAGAAGACGCGGGUGGCUGGCACGACGCAAACUCGCACCAGGGUGUAUAA